AUGUUCUUAAGAUUUCACUAUUUCAUAGUUGACGGCUGUCCAAUAUUUCUUCAUCUCCGUGCCUACAUAAAUCUAUCUAUCUAUCUAUCUAUCUAUCAUCUAUCUAUCUAUCUAUCUAUCUAUCUAUCUCAUUUUGUUCAUUUCUAUCUAUCCCAUUAUUUAUCUUCAUAUAUCUCUGUGACGUCGUCCCCGGUCGCAGCGCCAACUUUUCUAUUUAUCUAUCUUUCUAUCUAUCUAUCUAUCUAUCUCAUAUUUUUCUAUCUAUCUAUCAUUCUAUCUAUCUUUUCUUAUCUAUUUAUCUAUGUAUUAAAAAAGGCAUGUUCCUUUGCCUUCGUAUUUCUCUCUGUUUACUUAUCUAUCUAUCUAUCUAUCUAUCUAUCUAUCUAUCUAUCGAUCUAUCUAUCUAUCAUUAUCGCAUAUUUCUGUCUGUUUACUUAUCUAUCUAUCUAUCUAUCUAUCUAUCUAUCUAUCUAUCCAUCUAUCUAUGACAGCACAUCAAUAAAUUCUUUUUACAAUACGCAAUGUAAAACAUUCAUUUUUAAUACUGAAAUAAAUCCAAAUAAAUUCAUCUUUAUCUAUCUAUCUAUCUAUCUAUCUAUCUAUCUAUCUAUCUAUCUAUCUAUCUCAGACUGUCCAUAUCUAUCUAUCUAUCUAUCUAUCUAUCUAUCUAUCUAUCUAUCUAUCUAUCUCAGACUGUCCAUAUAUAUCUAUCUAUCUAUCUCAGACUGUCCAUAUCUAUCUAUCUAUCUAUCUAUCUAUCUAUCUAUCUAUCUAUCUAUCUCAGACUGUUCAUAUCUAUCUAUCUAUCUAUCUAUCUCAGACUGUCCAUAUCUAUCUAUCUAUCUAGCUAGCUAG